AGUAGCCGGCAAGCUGCAUCACUCUUCGGCACAGAGGCUUGACUUGAGUGGAGUGAGAAGACAGAAUAAGUUUCACGCUGCUGAGGAGUGGAAGUAAAGGACCUGCACACUGAUCCUAGUCCUGUCUGCUCACACACACACACACAGACAGACAGAGGGAGGCGAGUUACCACUGUCAACUUGCAAAAGGUGUCUCCAGACUUCACUCUUUAUUCCUGACUUGAAGAAGAGAAUUGCGAUGGCCGACCGCUUUGACUGUGACAACUGCAAAGAAUCGCUGUACGGCCGCAAGUACAUCCAGUCAGACGACAGCCCGUACUGCAUCCCCUGUUACGACAGCCGCUUCUCAAACACCUGUGAUGAGUGCAAAGAACUGAUCGGCCACGACGCAAGGGAGCUCUUCUAUGAGGACCGGCACUAUCACGAGCACUGCUUCCGCUGUUUCCGCUGCGAUCGCUCGUUGGCGGACGAACCCUUCACCAGCCAGGACGACGCGUUGCUCUGCAAUGACUGUUACUGUAACGAGUUCUCCUCCAAGUGCGUAGCCUGCGACAAGAUCGUGAUGCCAGGUACCAGGAAGCUGGAGUACGCAGGCUCUACUUGGCACGAGGGCUGCUUCAUCUGUCACAGCUGCGAAGAGCCCAUCGGUUCCAAGUCCUUCAUCCCCGACAAGGACGAACACUACUGUGUUGCCUGCUACGAGGACAAGUUCGCCCCUCGCUGCACACGCUGUAAAAAGACCCUGGCUAAAGGCGGCGUGACUUACCGGGAUGAGCCGUUUCAUAAGGAGUGUUUUGUGUGCGCCAGCUGUAAGACGCAGCUGGCGGGUCAACACUUCACCUCCAGAGACGACAGCCCUUACUGCCUCAAGUGCUUUGGCAGCCUGUACGCCAAGAAGUGUGAGGCCUGCAGCAAACCCAUUACAGGUUUUGGAGGAGGAAAGUACAUCUCAUUCGAGGACCGUCAGUGGCAUCAGCCAUGCUUCACCUGCUCCCAGUGCUCCGUGACCCUGGUGGGCGCCGGCUUCUUCCCCGACGGGGAAAGGAUCCUGUGCCGCGACUGCCACAACAACCUAUAGAGCCGUCACUCACAAAUAGUCUCACCCUUCUUCUGAAUGACCUUGUGCCGUUUGUCCCAGCGUUUCAAAGGUAACACAGGCAAACGAAUGCUGCCUCUGCCGCGAGGGACAGUCUGGGUUCAGACUGACGUUCAUCAAGGAGCUCGUGUGCAACAUCCUGUGUUGGUGCAUGAACCACAACAUCACCCAUUUCUUCUUUUAACCAAAGAGUUUUGUGAUUUUGUGAAUUAAACUUUAUAGCGUGCCUUAAAAAUACAUUUCUUAUAUGAUGUAUUAUUAAACCAAAGAGAACAAAAAAAGCAAAAUGCUAGUCACUUUGCCAAAAAAAAACAAUUCCCUAAUAUUUUAUAUAAAUAAAUUGCCACUUCAGGUAAAGCUCAGGCUCUGAAGAGAAGACACAGAACACUGAUGCAGAAUAGAAUGGAAACCUUACGGUCUGUAUUUUCACAGUAUGGUGUAGUCGCUGUUUUAAUGCUCUUUUAACUGCAGUUUUAUGCAUUUUGAAUGUUGCUUUCUCUCACGUUUAUCUUUCUACAGUGUAUGUUUUGCUUUGUGUGUCUUGAACAACUUACUGUAUAUAAUGACAUAGAAGGAUUUGUGACACUGUUGUUAAGACCAAUUUAAAUGUGUCAUAAAGUAAACGUAAGAGGGAUAUUUAGGUUUAGAAAUGACGACGGUCACAAUCAAUAAAGUCGUUUGCACUUUGGAUAAAAUAAUCUCUUGCUACCGAUGUAAUGUGCACAUAAAAACACAUUUUAAGGACGAUGGCUAAAGACACGCUUUUACAGUUACAUAUGUGCAUGUGAAACUUUGCAAUGACACUUAUUUUACACGUUUUUUUAUCACUUUUGCUCUAAGAGCCUUCAUUUAUAUCUCGAAAGACGCUGAAAUCUGCCAUGAUUUGCCACAUUCAUUUCUUUUUUUGUUCCCGUUAACACUGUUGGUGUUUCAUUUUUUCAUUGUUAGUUUUAACUUGUAUGUGGAAAUUCUAUAAAAAAAAAACAAAAAAAAACAAAGAAGAAGAAAAGUACUAUAUUUCAUUAUUUCAGCUUUGAUGCUGGUGAGUCAGAGUUGGCAAAUAUGCAUUUUAAAAUGAAAGGUGAGCCAGAAAGGGCGAUAACAGGAUGAACUUACUGCUCUAAAAAAGAAGAAGAAGAAGACGAUAAUUGACUAAAAGCUACAAGUCUUAUUUGUAAAGUCUUAUUAAAUACAUUUACACUGA